GCAAACAUAUGCUUUAUGCGGCACGUAAGCUCCGGCGGACCUCUCCAAGGUUAAAACCAAGCCCCAAACUCCAAUCCCGUCAGCAUUGCCCCCCUUCCCCUCCCCAUACCAUCGAAGACUUUCUAGGGCUUGAAAUCGAUCGGAUCUGUUCUUUUCACCAAUGGCUUCAGAUGAAGGUAAGCAGAUUACUCUGAAGAGCUCUGAUGGCGAGGAAUUCGUCGUGGAUGGGGCAGUGGCGAUGUUGUCGCAGACGAUCCGGCAUAUGAUCGAGGACGACUGCGCGGAAAGCGGGAUCCCGCUCCCAAACGUUAACAGCAAGAUCCUCGCCAAGGUGAUAGAGUACUGCAAGAAGCAUGUCGAGUGCGACCCUGCGGAAGCAUCUGCCGGCGGCGACAAAACCAUUGAGGAGGAGCUCAGAAGCUGGGACUCCGACUUCGUUAAGGUGGAUCAAGCGACUUUGUUCGAUCUCAUCCUGGCAGCAAACUAUCUGUACAUCAAAGGCCUUCUUGACCUCACCUGCCAAACAGUCGCUGACAUGAUCAAAGGCAAGACUCCUGAAGAGAUACGCAAAACCUUCAACAUCAAGAAUGAUUUCACUCCGGAGGAAGAAGAAGAAGUCCGGAGAGAGAACCAAUGGGCCUUCGAGUAAUGUUAUCAACUCUUUCUCCUUUGCAUAUUUUCAUAGAAAAAAAAAAAAGAUGGAUCAGGAUAUCCUAAUUAAAUUUUUGUUAUGAAAACUCUUAAAAUUAUUAUAUUUACUUUGAGAUUAGUGUUGUACAUGAAAAAUCAAUCAAAGUAAAUAUAAUAGUAUGAGAGUCAUUGUGACAAAUUUGAUUAUGAUACGCUGAACAAAUUUUUUUUUAACAGUUUAAUUUGCUUAUGAUGGUCCACAGUUUCAAGAUUUGAACUUUAAAGUACCCUUAUUAUCAUUUCUAUUUUACCAUAUUGUCCUAUAUAUUCUAUCUUUUGUUUCCUUUUCAA